AUGGAUGCAGCCCGGGUUGCCGUUGUCGGGGCGGGUGUGAUCGGCCUCUCCACCGCUGUGUGCAUCUCCAAAGUGGUCUCCAGAUGUACCAUCACCGUCAUCGCCGACAAGUUCACCCCCGACACCACCAGCGAUGUGGCAGCUGGAAUGCUUAUUCCUCAUGCUUAUCCAGACACACCCAUUCUCAAGCAGAAACAGUGGUUCCGAGAGACCUUUGAUCACCUCUUUGCCCUCGCCAAUUCUGCAGAAGCUGGAGAUGCUGGUGUUCAUUUGGUGUCUGGUUGGCAGAUAUUCCAGAGCAUUCCUACGGAGGAAGUGCCGUAUUGGGCUGAUGUGGUUCUGGGAUUUCGAAAGAUGACCGAAGCUGAGCUGAAGAAAUUCCCCCGGCACAUGUAUGGUCAGGCCUUCACAACCCUGAAAUGCGAAGGCCCUGCCUACCUGCCCUGGCUGGAGAAAAGGGUAAAAGCCAGUGGAGGCCAACUGCUUGCCCGGCGGGUGGAAGACCUGUGGGAUCUUCAGCCCUCCUUCGACAUUGUGGUCAACUGUUCGGGCCUUGGAAGCAGGCAACUCGCAGGAGACAUGGAGGUCUUCCCCAUCAGGGGCCAAGUGCUUCAAGUCCAGGUUCCCUGGGUGAAGCAUUUUAUCCGAGAUGGGAGUGGCUUGACGUAUGUUUAUCCUGGUGCCUUCCACGUGACUCUGGGUGGAACCAGGCAACAAGGAGACUGGAACCUGUCCCCAGAUGCAGAAGUCAGCAGAGACAUUCUUUCCCGAUGCUGUGCCCUGGAGCCCUCUCUCCGUGGAGCCCACAGCGUCCAGGAGAAGGUGGGCUUGAGGCCAACCAGGUCAGGUGUGAGGCUGCAGAGGGAGUUCCUUGACCGGAAUGGCCGGAGGCUGCCUGUGGUCCACAACUAUGGCCAUGGGGCUGGGGGUGUCUCAGUGCACUGGGGCACUGCCCUGGAGGCUGCCAGGCUGGUAGGCGAGUGUGUCCGUGCCCUCAGGGCCCCUGCUCCCAAAUCAAAGCUAUAG